CUCCACAGCAAUCGAGCCGCAAGCAACGACACACGAACCGGAAAGAUCAGUUACAGGAAAGAGAAACAGAAUGAAUUCAAAUCACGCAGAAGAACUGGCUCGGGCGACUGAAUUGUUGGCAGACCACUGCCGAGAAGGCCCAAUGAACGCAGGAAAGACUCUAUCGAUGGUUAUGGGGGUGCAAUCACUUCUGUUCCAGAUGGAGCCUAUUACCUUUCUACAGCAUGCAGCUUAUCAGAGCCAGGUGAUAGCAUGUCUGCAUUGGCUAGGGAAAUUUCAGGUGCUGGCCUAUCUGCCUCUCGAUUCCGAACAAGGUCUGGCAGUGCAGGACCUGGCUGAGCUGGCGGAUGUACCGGCAGAAGUACUCUCGAGAGUGACCGCACUCAUGAGCUCUUGUCAGUUUCUGUCAGUACCUACGAUUGGAUUCGUGGCGCACACUCCGCUCUCAGCCAACUUCGUGCAACGGCCAGCACAGCUCGACGCGGCUAUGUUUCUUUGUGAGACGGCAGUGCCAGCAUCACUAAAGAUGACAUCCAAUGAGUUUCCGGCUCUGAGAGUGGACUGGGAGAAUCCAAGAGUCCAGCGGUUGUGGCCACGCUUCUUUGUCUCGGCCAUGGGAGGCGCCGCUCAUGAUUCGGAGAUUCUCGAGCUACUGGACUGGGCUGGGAUGGAACCGCGGAUCUCACCCUCCACGCCAUCCUCUUCGUUUCAGUCAUUGGGUGGGGGCAUCAGCGGUGGUGGUGUCGGUGGAGGUGGAAGAGGUCGAGUGGUGAUGGUGGGGCACAACGCCGAUGACGCAGGAUUUCGGCAGCUCGCUCUGGAACAUCCCAAACUACACUUCAUUCUGCAGUCAUCUUCUGGCCACAAUACUGCUGAUACUAUCAAACGAGGCAACAAAAACCUCCAAUCGAGUGAUGUCAGCGAGAUAAGCAACGUGACGCUUUGUCAGAGGAACCCAGGCACCCCACAGUCGAUCAAGGAUGCCAACUGUUACUUGGUCUCCGCCACCAACAACCUCACCACCACCACAACCUUGAUUCAGGUCCGUGCCGAGCUGCAAGCACAUCUCAGUGUGCUCCGGGCCAACAGGGCCGCGGUGCUUAUCCUGACUUCCACUGUCGCCACACCUCUUACCACUGGCCCUGUCCUACCUUACGCCAUACCCUUGACUCAAGUCCGAGACUUGCAGCUGCUCCAAAUUACUGGAACGCCCUAUCUGACCUUACCAGACUUAUUGGACACGGUGAAAAGCGUCCAGGAUGGCCAUGGAGGCUUAACAGUCGUCAAGCAGCUUCAUACCGCCAACUCCACUUUGCUCGGUCUGGGCAUCCGCUAUCAGUCGAUUUGA